CUAAGAGGCUUUGUCUCCUCACGGUGGCGCGGGGUGAGUUCUCCCGCCUCCCGGCCCCCGCGCACGCGCGCCCCGCCCUGCCCGCCUUUCCUCCCGCGCCCUCCCCUCGCCUUUCUCCCUCUCAGAACCUUCCUGCCGCCGUGUUCGGACCUCGCUGCUCCAGCCUCCGGGGCCCGUCCCAUCCUUCCAGCCUGCGACCGGGAGCAGAGAAAAACAAAAUUACUUAUCAUUUUCUUGCCCCGUACACACCUUGAGGCGAGCAAAAAGAUUAGAAUAAAUUUUAACAAUGAGGGAAAUCGUGCAUAUCCAGGCCGGUCAGUGUGGCAACCAGAUCGGUGCCAAGUUCUGGGAGGUGAUCAGUGAUGAACAUGGCAUCGACCCCACCGGCACCUAUCAUGGGGACAGCGACCUGCAGCUGGACCGCAUCUCCGUGUACUACAAUGAAGCCACAGGUGGCAAAUAUGUUCCUCGUGCUAUCUUGGUGGAUCUAGAACCCGGGACUAUGGACUCUGUUCGCUCAGGUCCUUUCGGUCAGAUCUUCAGACCAGACAACUUUGUUUUUGGUCAGUCUGGGGCAGGCAACAACUGGGCCAAGGGCCACUAUACAGAAGGGGCUGAGCUGGUUGACUCAGUCCUGGAUGUGGUUCGGAAGGAGGCUGAGAGCUGUGACUGCCUUCAGGGCUUCCAGCUGACCCACUCGCUGGGCGGUGGCACAGGCUCUGGAAUGGGCACUUUGCUCAUCAGCAAGAUCCGUGAAGAAUAUCCCGACCGCAUCAUGAAUACCUUCAGUGUCGUGCCCUCACCCAAAGUGUCUGACACCGUGGUUGAGCCCUACAACGCCACCCUCUCCGUCCAUCAGUUGGUGGAGAACACUGAUGAGACCUACUGCAUCGACAAUGAGGCCCUUUACGACAUCUGCUUCCGCACUCUCAAGCUGACCACGCCAACCUACGGGGACCUGAACCACCUUGUCUCUGCCACCAUGAGCGGUGUCACCACCUGCCUCCGCUUCCCUGGCCAGCUCAAUGCUGACCUCCGCAAGCUGGCAGUCAAUAUGGUGCCCUUCCCACGUCUCCACUUCUUCAUGCCCGGCUUUGCCCCUCUGACCAGCCGUGGAAGCCAGCAGUACCGGGCCCUCACUGUGCCUGAGCUCACCCAGCAGGUCUUCGAUGCCAAGAACAUGAUGGCUGCCUGUGACCCCCGCCAUGGCCGGUACCUCACUGUGGCUGCUGUCUUCCGUGGGCGCAUGUCCAUGAAGGAGGUGGAUGAGCAGAUGCUCAACGUGCAGAACAAGAAUAGCAGCUACUUCGUAGAAUGGAUCCCCAACAAUGUCAAGACGGCUGUCUGCGAUAUCCCUCCCCGUGGCCUCAAGAUGGCGGUCACCUUCAUCGGCAACAGCACGGCCAUCCAGGAGCUAUUCAAGCGCAUCUCAGAGCAGUUCACUGCCAUGUUCCGCCGAAAGGCCUUCCUCCACUGGUACACAGGUGAGGGCAUGGACGAGAUGGAGUUCACUGAGGCUGAGAGCAACAUGAAUGACCUCGUCUCUGAGUACCAGCAGUACCAGGAUGCCACCGCAGAAGAGGAGGAGGAUUUCGGUGAGGAGGCCGAAGAGGAGGCCUAAGGCCGAGCCCCAUCACCUCAGGCUUCUCAGCCCCCUCAGCCUUCUUCAACUGCCCCUUUCCUCUCCCUCAGAAUUUGCGUUUUCUGCCUCUUGUUUUUCUUGGGGGGGGGGGUCUAUCUAGAACAGUGCCUGGCACAUAAUAGGCGCUCAAUAAAUAUUUGUUGUUUGUUGAA